CAAUCUAACUGCAUUUUCGGAAACCCACCACUGACACUAAGCAUACACUUCAGGACUUCGCUAUAACAAGCAAGAAUUCCCACGUUGUCAUCAUUCUUCAAGAUCCAACAGUUUAGAAGAUUAACUACCUGUGUACAUUUGUACUACAUUUUAAUCUCUAUCGGGAAUGGCGGAGGAAGUAACGAAAGGUGCGGACCAACUAUCCGUAGGUGAGCUGUACGUGUCUGACAAAAAAGGAAGUGAUCAGGAUGGUGACGGAUCCGAACAGAAACCAUUUAAAACUCCUUUAAAGGCGUUGUCAUCUGUGGGAAAGGAGCCCUUCCCAACUAUAUAUGUGGAUUCUCAGAAGGAGGGAGAGCUUUGGGCAGUGAUCUCAAAGACUCAGAUGAAGAAUGCAAAGAAGCAAUUGAACCGGGAGCAGGUGAAGAAGGAUACCAAAGACAAAAAUGAGACAGAAGACAAUGACAGAAGAGAGAAAAACUUGGAGGAAGCAAAGAAAAUCGUCAUCGAGCAAGACCUAAGCCUUCCAGAGCCUAAAACGGCUAAGAUUCAUCAACUUGAGCCACUGAGGGAGCAGAGGGUGAAGGUGUUUGGUUGGGUGCACCGCCUGAGGAGGCAAGGAAAAAAUCUUCUCUUCAUUGUCCUGAGGGAUGGGACUGGUUACUUGCAGUGUGUUCUUACGGAUAAAUUGUGUCAGUGCUACAAUGCCCUUGUCCUGUCGACUGAGAGCACUGUUGCCUUGUAUGGGACGGUGAAGCCAGUGCUAGAGGGUAAACAGGCCCCCGGUGGCCACGAGCUGCACUGCGACUUCUGGGAGCUGGUGGGUCUGGCCCCGGCUGGUGGCGCUGACAACCUGCUGAACGAGGAGUCCGACGUGGACGUCCAGCUCAACAACCGGCACAUGCUGAUCCGCGGGGAGAACGUGUCCAAGAUUCUCCGUGUUCGCUCCACCGUCACACAGUGCUUCAGGGACCAUUUCUUCAACCGUGGAUACUACGAGAUCACCCCUCCCACCCUAGUGCAGACCCAGGUGGAGGGAGGCUCCACCCUCUUCAACCUGAACUACUUUGGGGAGGAGGCAUUCCUCACCCAGUCCUCCCAGCUGUACCUGGAGACCUGCAUCCCAGCCUUGGGAGACACCUUCUGCAUUGCCCAGUCGUACCGUGCCGAGCAGUCCCGCACACGCAGGCACCUGUCCGAGUACACUCACAUAGAGGCCGAGUGUCCCUUCAUGACCUACGAGGACCUUCUGACCCGCCUGGAGGACCUGGUGUGUGACGUGGUGGAUCGUGUUCUCAAAUCUCCGGCUGCUCCUCUCCUCUAUGAAGUCAACCCUAACUUCAAGCCACCAAAGAGGCCCUUCAAGAGGAUGAACUACACCGACGCAAUUGUCUGGCUGAAAGAACAUGACAUCAAGAAGGAUGAUGGCACCUACUAUGAAUUCGGAGAGGACAUCCCCGAAGCCCCUGAGAGGCUGAUGACCGACAGCAUCAACGAGACCAUCCUGCUUUGCCGCUUCCCUGCCGAGAUCAAGUCCUUCUACAUGCAGCGCUGCCCCGAGGACCGGCGUCUCACCGAGUCGGUGGAUGUGCUGAUGCCUAAUGUUGGAGAGAUUGUGGGAGGGUCCAUGCGUAUCUGGGAUGCUGAGGAGCUACUGGAGGGGUACAAGAGGGAAGGCAUUGACCCGACCCCCUACUACUGGUACACUGACCAGAGGAAGUAUGGAACCUGUCCUCACGGUGGCUACGGCCUGGGCCUGGAGCGCUUCCUCACCUGGCUGCUGAACAGACAUCACAUCAGGGAUGUCUGUCUCUACCCCCGCUUCAUCCAGCGCUGUCGACCCUGAGCUACUUUAACAGAGCUCUAAACACGCACCAAGUGCGAGCAUAAAGGCACGCUUAAUGAGCCCUGGAAUAUUCUGACGCUCUCUACAACGUAAAAAAAAAAGAGUCAUAUAAUGGCAUGUAAUGUAUGAUGUUGCAACAUUUACCACCACUCACAUAUUCUUGCUUUCAAGUCUACCAAUAAAUAAUUCUGUGCUCAA